GAGCCGCCAUUUCUUGUAUUAUUGUGGUGAACCUACUCUGGAUGUGAAGAUUGCCUUUUGUCAGGUGUGUGUUCCUUACAGGUAAAACAAGGGAUUUGGGAAACAAGUGGAUGUGUCAUAUAUUGCCAAACAUUACAACAUGAGCAAAAGCAAAGUUGACAACCAGUUCUACAGCGUGGAAGUAGGUGACUCGACCUUCACAGUUCUCAAACGCUACCAGAACUUGAAACCUAUUGGCUCUGGGGCUCAGGGAAUAGUUUGUGCUGCAUAUGAUGCUGUCCUUGACAGAAACGUGGCCAUUAAGAAGCUCAGCAGACCAUUUCAGAACCAAACUCAUGCCAAGAGAGCUUACAGGGAGCUGGUCCUCAUGAAGUGUGUGAAUCAUAAAAAUAUUAUCAGUUUAUUAAAUGUCUUCACACCACAGAAAUCUCUGGAGGAGUUCCAGGAUGUCUACCUGGUAAUGGAGUUAAUGGAUGCCAAUCUGUGCCAGGUCAUUCAGAUGGAGCUAGACCAUGAGCGAAUGUCUUACCUACUUUACCAAAUGCUCUGUGGAAUCAAGCAUCUUCACUCCGCAGGAAUUAUUCACAGGGAUUUAAAACCAAGUAAUAUUGUAGUAAAAUCUGACUGCACGUUGAAGAUUCUGGAUUUUGGACUGGCCAGGACUGCAGGCACUAGCUUCAUGAUGACCCCMUACGUGGUGACACGUUACUACAGAGCACCGGAGGUCAUCCUGGGAAUGGGCUACAAGGAGAAYGUGGAUAUAUGGUCUGUGGGAUGCAUUAUGGGAGAAAUGGUUCGCCACAAAAUCCUCUUUCCAGGAAGGGACUAUAUUGAUCAGUGGAAUAAAGUUAUCGAGCAGUUGGGAACGCCGUGUCCAGAAUUCAUGAAGAAGCUGCAGCCAACAGUACGGAACUACGUUGAGAACAGACCCAAGUAUGCUGGYCUCACUUUCCCCAAACUUUUUCCAGACUCUCUCUUCCCAGCGGACUCAGAACACAACAAACUCAAAGCCAGCCAAGCCAGGGACCUCUUAUCCAAGAUGCUGGUCAUUGAUCCGGCCAAGAGGAUAUCAGUAGAUGAAGCCUUACAGCAUCCAUACAUUAAUGUCUGGUACGACCCAGCAGAGGUGGAGGCGCCUCCUCCUCAGAUAUAUGAUAAACAGCUGGAUGAAAGGGAACACACAAUCGAGGAAUGGAAAGAACUCAUCUACAAAGAAGUAAUGAAUUCUGAAGAAAAGACUAAAAAUGGCGUAGUAAAAGGACAGCCUUCUCCUUCAGGUGCAGCAGUGAACAGCAGUGAGAGCCUCCCUCCAUCCUCAUCUGUCAACGACAUCUCAUCCAUGUCCACGGAUCAAACCCUGGCGUCUGACACGGACAGCAGCCUGGAAGCUUCUGCGGGACCCCUCGGUUGUUGCAGGUGACUAGCCGCCUGCCUGCGAAACCCAGCGUUCUUCAGAGGAUGAUGGAACCUAGGAGGGAAAAAAUUAACGGGAGCUCAGAGAUGAAAAGAAAGAGAAAUAAAAUACAAAGAUUUAAGUGAAACAAGCAAACAAACAAAAAAAAAUCUUUUCAGCCUGCUUCUCCUACAGAGUUAUGUAAUGCAGCUAAGCUCAAGUGUAUAUUUAACUUAUAGUUGCUCUGCUUUGGUCUUCUUCCAGUGAUGCUUACUGGGGGGGGAAAAAAAAAAGGAACUGAAAAAUCCUUUUUUUACCCCCCUUCCCACAAGAUGUAAAAUGAAUGGCUGCAAAACCAGCAACCUGCAACUGUCUUUUUCACACUGGCAUGACAAGGUGUGCAGUAGCCAAUCUCCACCGUAUGAGUGUGUGUCUGCUCUCACUCUCUCUGCUCUGCCAUCUGCGCAGGGAGGCAGGCAGGGAUCUCCAUGCAUUUCUCCUCACACACCAACAGUACAUACACACACGUGCCAACAGAAUCCUGGCAGUGCAUGCAGCUGUGUGCCUGCACAUCUGCACAGGCACCUCGUGGGCACUCCACAGCUAUAAAUGGCCCGUUCCAGGUGGACUGCAUAACUACAUAUGGGAUAUUACCCAUACAUAUUCGAUCUGUUUGCUCAUUGAUGAGGUUGCAUUUACAGUAUGAGGACUUGUGGAAGUGUAAAUAACCACAUAGAAYUGUGGCUCCCUCAGACACUUGAAGAUGUAGCACCAAAUUUCUGCUGAGAGUUGUAUAUAUAUUUUGAAAUAAUARCCGGUUUUAUUGAAAGAAGAAGCCACAGAGCUUCCUAGAAAAAUGUUAGUUUGUGAAUGUUAAGACUUGUUCUGAUUUUUAGAGCAGAUAUGCCAAGCUAAGACUGGGUUAGAAGGAAGCACAUGUAUCUUUGCAAGCUACAGGGAACAAGARUGAAGGGUUUCUAUGCAUGUCUAAGCCCAGAAGGAUAUCAGUAAGCAACUUCUUUUUGUCAGUGUUAAGUGAGUUAUCAUCUUAGGUCAUAGGUAGGCUCGCUAUUUUGAAUUACAUGUWUGUUUGUAAAUUAGAGGGUAUGACAGGGUUGGGGAAUGGGCAGAUUAUGAUCAGAAGGACAUGCAACAGCUUGUUUUUAUUUUAYGUCUAGAUCUUUACAAGGUUAGAUGGAGAAAGGAUAUUUUCAGCCCACUCCCUCUCAGUGUGUGUUUGCAGCUUAGAGUUUGUUUUCCAUUUUAAUCAGUCCCUUGCAGGCACUUCUGCCACUCAGAGAACAGGCUUCUCUGGGUGCUUUUGGCUGUUUAUUUCCUCAUACAAAUCAUUGGACUCCCCAGAAGUUUUAGCAGCUGUGUUGUAUGGAAAAGAGCACAGAGUGCAUGGGUYUAGUUUUCCUACAUUCUAAUAGCCGAGGUUGUCAAUCAGCUCGUGCGCUGGGCUGGAAGAGUCGCAGCCAGGGGUCUUGGGCAGUUUGGACAAGUUCUGAAGAACCCAACAGUGACUGAAUAUCAAAUUGAAUUUACCAGGUGAUAAAACACAGUAUUUCCCAUGGUAAGUAACAAGAAGUAUUUUUACUAGAGAAUGACUAAAYUUUAUACAGAAUUUCAGAACAACUGAAUAUGUUUCCAGCCUAAACAGUAAUUGGCAUUUUCCACUGCAAGGUCAUCGUUAUCCGAAUUGGAAAUUAACUAAAAUCCGAGUCAUCUGUCCUUUUACCAGAGUGUGCMAUGUAAUCUGAAAUGAGCUAAAUCCUACUCCAAUGCUUUUCCAAAUGUCAGAGAGAGAAACUGUUUGUACUAUGUUAGUGGAUAUUUAAAAUUCACUAAUUCUUUUGUACUCAAAACUCUACCAAAAUAGGACUUUCCAUUGGGUGGCUUACAAGCCUGCCGUUCUGUGGUAGGAGAAAAAAUUGAGUAUCAAGCCAGAUUUUGUUCAAAGGGAAGAAAGGUAAGACUUCUCUCCAGGGUGGGGAGGAGGGGAGAUAAAAAUUAAGAGGACAUAAAAUAAAAUCAGAUUUGGUAAGUCUGAGCUAUGUCAGAAUGGCUGUAGGAAGUGGGUUUUUUUCCCUGGUUAUAUUUUUGGUAGAUUUUUWUCAAAAGUUUUUUUGAGGAUAAAAUUAGGUUGUUAAAAACUCAGAGCAGUAAUUUUAAAAGCAAUAAUUUACUACUGCUAAAUWUAUUUAGCAAUAUUCUCUCUUAAGCCAUGAAACAUCAGGUCAUUAUUGARUGAUGUAACUCUCACUCCAAAGCCAAUGAGGAUAAAAGUAUUGAAAGGUUAACAGCAAAGCUCUGUAGGUAUGUAGGCAAUAACACCAAGGGUGACUUCUUAGCAAUAAUUAAAUGUAUCACCUCCAGACUGAAUUCACCAUAGAUACACAUUAAUAAUAUUCAGGUAACUACUAUCUACUUUACAUUCCUUAGUGUGCACCAUUUGGGUGCGUUACUUAAACAAAACUAAACAAAGWCUCAUWGAGGCAAAGCUGUAUGUAAGAGAARCUGCAAAAAUGCCACCAGUGUAGAAACUUGGAGUAAUCCCAGUCCAAUGCCAGUGAUAUUAUGAAGAUGUAGCAUAGGCAAUAGCAGGGAAGCCAUUUAUAGUAGAUGGAGACUUGUAGAUCUCCCAUGUUUCAUCUGUUGAAGCCAAAAAUUGAACUCUUAGUCCCAUGGAUAAUUCAGUCUUGUUUGGGUUCAUGAGUGCAGGUGGAGAAGCAGUGACCAGAGAAGGUGUCCUUUGGUCAGUGCUGAAUGAAUUCACAGCACAGGAGUUACACAGCUUUAUUCCCUGAUUCUGCUGAGCACCAGUGCUUGUUCAAACAGCUCAUGGAGACUGGAGGAUGCUUACAAAGGUUGCAAACUAGCAUGUGCUUUUGUCCUUUGCUCAGCAGUGAUYGACAUCAGCAUGUGCUUAAGUGCCUUGCUGAAAUGGGGCCUAAAAGAAUUACUGCAUCUUUUUGUCCUCAAAUUGGUCUCCUUCAUGAGAAGCUCUGCCUSGGGGAGGAGACUUGGAGCUGUCCACAUUGGACACUAGGAAAAAAAAAAAAAAGCCAUCCGUGAAGAAAAGCAUUAGUUGUUUACAAUUCUGGUCCCUUGUAUGUCCAAACUGAAGCAGCGACCGUCAAGCAGGAAUAGCAUCCUUUGCUUUGCUUUGUGCCAGAAUUUGGUGCUGUCAGCUGAUACCUUGCAACAACAUAUGUACUCUUGAGUAAAGGAUUGUAGUGAUGAUGUUCUGAGGCUGUCUUAAGGAAAAACUUUUUUUUUUCCUGAUUCUAGAAAUUUUGAUACCCUCCUCUUCAAGUCUGUUCCCCUUUGUUGCAAAAUUUUGUUCAGCUUGAUCAUGAUAGAUGCUUUUCUUAUUUUUGCCAUUGAUCUUUUAAACUUACUUCUGUUUAAAAUGUUAGUAAAUGUAGUACUUGGGCAACAAUUUUCACAUAAUUCUCUGAGKUUUGCAAUUGUGAGCAAAAAUUAUGGCCACCACUGCAGAAGUGAAGGAAAUUGGGAAGCCAGAGAUCUAUGACAGAUGUUCCAAGGUAUUUGGGCACCCAAAKGGGGCAAUCUGAGAGCCUGUGCCAGAAAUGGCAUACUUUACAUCAUCCUGAAUGGAUGGACACCUUGGCAUUUCUGAAAAUGUACCUAGGAGCCCCUUGGCAUCCUAAGUGCCUCAAUACCCAAGAAAAUUCUGUCCUAAGUGGCUUAGCUAAGUCAUGUAUACAGGCAUCAUCAGSGUGAGRAGAAUGGCAGGAGCAUUAACUGUCAGUGGCUGCUCAGACCACUGGCUGCACUGAGAAGGUAGAGURGAAAAUUUCUUCAAAAUAUCCCUGCUUUUUUUUCAGAUGGAGGACUUUGAAAAAAAAAAAAAAAGAAGCCAGAACAGCUCUUAAAAGACCCUUUCUCUAUCUUCUUACUCACCAGAGAGUUUAAUGAGGAUGAGGAAUUGAUUUACUACAAGUUGAUGCAAGGUUAUAUAUGUUUUCAAUGUAGUUUUUGGAAACAGUCUUUAGAUACUGACUUGGUAGCUGAAAUAGUAUCUUGUGAGUUUUGACUCUGUUCCAUUACAAUCUAUCUUCAGAGAGCUCAGCUAUUUGAGUUGGUCACAGUGAUUUAUGUGAAUUGUAUUGUGGUUGAUGUUCCCCCCUCCCAUCAAGGAUUCCAUGGCACAAAUAGAUAGCAAGCCUGCAUUACAUAAAGCAGACUUAAAUUGGAGAGCAGGUAUGGUAGUGUGUAAAAAAAAACAAAAAAAAAAAAACCAAAACAAACCA